AUGGGUGCAGCGACAGUUUUGCUAGUCAUUACACCUAAUUACAACGAGCUUGGCACCAACGACAAGGUGGUCCUCUUUAACCAAACGCUGUUCCCAUGGGACAAGAACAAAAGUAACGAAAUGUUCGAUUCAAAUUACUAUAGUCUCAUCGAAAGUAUCAACAGCGAACUCGACGAAGAUUGUUACUGUAAAGUCUAUCCGAACGAUGCUCAAAAGAAGGAUUGCAGUAUUUUGGCAAGAUUUCGAAACUGUCAUUUUCAGUCGCUGGGUGCCUCAUACCCGGACUCGCUUCAGUCCUCAUCUGACCUGGAGUGGGAGCACGAAGAGACAGUGCUGAGCUUCAUGGAAAGCGAUUUAUUUGCUCAAAACACGAAUAGCCGGUCUUUCUGGUCGUCAUCGCCAAUACGCAGGAGAGCUGUCCGCAUCGCCGGCGGCGUCCAGGGUGACGAAAAUGAUUUGCUGGAUGUGGACACGUUGCAGUUGCUCGCAGAAAUCGACUCGAUGGCCAACAGCAUCCACACAGCCAUCCCAUCAUCGUGA